AUGUAUCAUCAACCCGUGCUGAAGAACAGACGCACUCUUUUGGAACGUGCUGAAAAGUUCAUUUCUGAUGUAUAUUUCACUGACUGCAAUCUCAGAGGAAAACUGUACGGAGAUACGUGUCCGUUGGAGUCUAUCUCAGUGUUUCAGUCCUCAAAACGUAUUCCAUUUGCAGAGGCUGUUCAGCAAAAUUUCCAGCCAUGUAAAGUUGGUGAUAGUUUUGGACCAACGUGGUGGACAUGUUGGUUUAAAGUGACUUUAGAGAUACCUAGAGGCUGGAAAGGAAAAGAGGUUCACCUUCGAUGGGAGAGUGAUGGAGAAGGAAUGGUAUGGAGAGAUCAGCAACCUGUUCAGGGAUUAACAAAAGAAGGUGAGAAGACCAGUUACAUUCUGACUGAGAGCCUCAGAGAGGAUGAGCCUCACAGUAUCACCCUCUACGUGGAGCUGGCGUGUAAUGGGCUGUUUGGGGCGGGGCAGGGCUCCAUGAUCGCUGCUCCAGACCCAAACAGAAAAUACACUCUUCAGAAAGCGGAUCUUGUUGUGUUUAAUCGUGAUGUCAGGGAACUUCUGACUGACUUUGAGAUGCUGGUGGAUAUUGUCAAGUUGCUGGGUGAAGGAGAGCAGCGUGGUUACCAGGCGUUGUUCACAGUCAAUGAAAUGGUGAAUGUGUGUGACCCAGCCAAUCCCAGCUCAUACCCCACAGCACACGACUUGGCCCAGAGGUUCUUCAGCCAGAGGAAUGGAGAGAGCCAGCACGUCGUUCAUGCCAUGGGCCACUGUCACAUUGACUCAGCCUGGCUCUGGCCUUACGAAGAGACCAUCAGAAAGUGUGCCCGUAGCUGGGUCACUGUGAUUCGUCUGAUGGAGAAAAAUCCAGAGUUUGUCUUCACCUGUUCUCAGGCUCAGCAGUUUCACUGGGUGAAGAGCUGGUACCCAGGCCUGUACUCGCAGAUCCAACACUAUGUUCAGAAAGGACGGUUUAUCCCAGUUGGAGGCACAUGGGUGGAGAUGGACGGGAACUUGCCAUCUGGGGAGUCCAUGGUCAGACAGUUUCUAGAGGGACAGACUUUCUUCAAAGAAGAGUUUGGAAAUUACUGCAAAGAGUUCUGGUUGCCAGAUACCUUUGGAUACUCAGCUCAGCUCCCUCAGAUUAUGCGAGGAUCUGGCAUCUCCAACUUCCUCACCCAGAAAUUGAGCUGGAACCUUGUCAAUACUUUUCCACACAACACAUUCUUUUGGGAAGGCAUCGAUGGCUCACAAGUCCUCACUCAUUUCCCGCCUGGGAACUCUUAUGAGAUGAAGGGGAAAGUCGAGGACUUAACAAACACAGUGAAGAACAACAAGGACAAAGGACGGGCCAAUCACAGCGCAGCGCUCUUUGGAUUUGGAGAUGGAGGCGGUGGUCCCACACAGCUCAUGCUGGACCGCCUCCAGCGGGUACAGGACUCAGAUGGCCUGCCAAAGGUCAAGAUGUCUAGUCCAGACAAGCUUUUCUCAGAGCUGAAAGCUGACUCAGGCCUGCUGUGCACCUGGGUCGGUGAACUCUUCCUUGAGCUCCAUAACGGCACGUACACCACGCAGGCCAAGAUUAAAAAGGGGAAUCGAGAGAGUGAAGUGUUACUCCAUGAUGUGGAGGUAGCAAGCUGUUUGGCUCUGUGCAAGAGUCAGGCUUUCUCUUACCCUUCCCAGAGACUACAAGAGCUGUGGAGGCUACUUCUCCUGAAUCAAUUCCAUGAUGUGCUUCCUGGCAGCUGUAUUGAGAUGGUGGUAGAUGAUGCUCUUGAAUAUUAUCAAGAGAUCCAGAAGAGUGGGAUGGGGCUCUUGCAGGCUGCCUGUGUGGCAUUGCUGAGUCAAGGCUCCGGUACAGCAGUGCUCAACACGCUGCCAUGGGACCGCACCGAGGUCGUUUCAUUAUCAGAGGAGAACACUCAGCCGAGACUGGUGUUGGUAAAAGCCCCGAGUGUGGGAAUAGGGUGUAUUUCAGACUCCGUCCAGCCUGUAUCCCCGGUGUCUGUGACAGUGCAGCCUGACGGAACCAUCCGGAUGGAGAAUGGGAUAUUGCAGGCUGUUAUUGACAAAAUGGGAUGCCUAAUGUCCCUGCUUUUAAUGGAAAAAAACAAGGAAACUAUAUCUGAGGGCUGCCUGGGGAAUCAGUUUGUUUUAUUUGAUGAUGUCCCACUGUACUGGGAUGCCUGGGACGUGAUGGAUUACCAUCUUCAGACCAGGAAACCAGUCGUGGAUGUGGUCCAGCCCACUAAGGUUGUGUGUUCAGGUGGACUUCGGGGCAGUGUCACCUUUACACUCAGGAUCAGUGGAAAGAGCACAGUCACACAGGAGAUCAUUCUGGAUGCCAACUGUCCCUACAUCAAGUUCAGCACACAGGUGGAUUGGACAGAAGCUCACAAGUUCCUUAAAGUUGAGUUCCCAGUCCGAGUACGCAGCCCAAAUGCCACUUACGAGAUCCAGUUUGGCCACGUUCAACGACCCACUCACAGAAACACCUCCUGGGACUGGGCCCGUUUUGAGGUCUGGGGGCACAAGUGGGCUGAUUUGUCAGAGCAUGGCUUUGGAGUGGCUCUUCUAAAUAACAGCAAAUAUGGCUACUCCAUUCACCAGAACACCCUGACGCUCUCCCUGCUGCGUGCCCCCAAAGCCCCAGACGCCAAUGCCGACAUGGGACAUCAGCACUUCACCUACGCAAUCAUGCCACAUUCAGGCUCUUUUCAGGAUGCAGCGGUCAUUCAGUCUGCCUACAACCUCAACUUUCCUCUUCGGCUCAUCCCAAAUGUCAGCCUGAGCGAUCCAUGGAGUGCGUUUUCUGUCAGUUCAACAGCAGUUAUCCUGGAAACUGUAAAACAGGCUGAGGGGAGGAAAAAUGCAUUGGUUGUUCGGCUGUACGAAGCUCACGGGAGCACUGGUGCUGUUAUUUUGACCACCACUCUCCCUGUCCAUGAAGCUUGGCACUGUGAUUUACUGGAGCGUGCUAAUCCCGAUCUUCCAGCACCAAUCACAGCCUCUGGGAUCAAUUUGAAUUUCAAACCAUUCCAAAUUGUAUCACUCCUCCUUUUCCUGAAGUGA